UUCCAACUAUAUCCUGCGUGUGACCUAACUUGUCCUCCAGAUUCAUAGCCUGUGAUCUACCUAGCUAGGACGUGUUUCUUCUGGCGGUGCCAGUUUUAGGGUACAAGUCAUGGUGUUCGAAAACAAAAUGAUCAUGUAUGGAGAGCCUGAUGAUGAGGAGGAAGCAGAAGAGGAAGCGGACGGUGAGGAAGAAGAGGAAGACAUGGUGGAUCCCUUAGAAACGAUACGGGAGAAGUGUGAGGCAUCGGAGCACUGCGCCCACGCCAGAGAAAAGCUAGAGGCGUGCACGAGCAGAGUGAGCUCCAGAUCAAACACCACAGAGGAGUGUACAGAGGAACUCUUUGACUUCCUACAUGCGAGGGACCACUGUGUAGCGCAUAAACUCUUCCACCACAUCAAAUGAACCACCUCUGCGCUAUUCUGUAAAUUCCUGUAGCUGUGGAAUCUGUUCAAAUAGUAAAUAUGGGCACUGUCAGGGAAGGCUUGAGACCACAGCCAGUGUUGUAUCUAUUAAUGUUAAUAAACUACAGAUUCUGUUAA